AUGCGUGGUGACUUGGCUUGCCCUACAACGACUUCUGUAGAAGUUCUCAAAACGAGGAGGAAGACCCACUGCGCUCACUUUCGCCACGCCAAAACCCGUUGGAAUUCCAAGUAUUUUUCAAAUUUCACCUUUCUUAUACAAAAUAAUAGCCUCAACGCCAACAUAGAUGUUUUGAAGCCUCUUCACGCUGGUUUCAAGUCCCACAUAGAAGUGCAAAUCCGCCUGACCGGCUCUAAAUCCUAUCAGACUUUAUUCACUUAUAAUUUGGACAUUUGCAGUGUGGUGAUUUCUUUUAAGAACACCAUCUUUAAGAAAUGGUUUCGUAGCCUGUUGAAGGCGGGAAAUUUUAUGCAAAACUGUCCUAUUUAUAGUGGCCACUAUUAUUUGGAUGGAUGGAAAUUGGAGGGAGAUUUGGUUCCCACUUAUUUGUAUGCUGGCAGUUAUCGUUUGAAGAGUUAUACGUUUUAUGGUAAAUUUAAGGGAAAGGAUGAAGAUUUUAUGGUGGAAAUAGAUAUGGAUAUUGAUUUGGUGGAUGAGUGA